GAAGAAAGAUUACGGAAAGAAAGGGGGAGGAAAUUGAUUGUUUGCGUUGGCAGGCGAGGGCGGAUGCAAGGAUAAAUAGAACGCAUCAAACGCUAGAGCGCUGAAAGAUUAUACACCAAGCGUAGUAGAGUAGCUGCAGCAGCAACCGCAGCAGUAAUAUUCGGCUCCUAGGAGUGAGUAAUGACGUAAAUAAUAUGCUGGUAGCUUGAAUUGCACGAAAAACGAUCAAUCGCGAAAAAGCCCCUCGAAGUGUGUAGCGGAAGCGUAAAGAUGAAUCUGGUUGAUUGCAACCCUUACGGCAAUGGGUUGCUGUAUGCUGGCUUCAAUCAAGAUCAGGGUUGUUUCGCUUGCGCGACCGACAAUGGUUUUCGUGUGUACAACAGUGACCCGCUGAAGGAGAAGGAGCGACAAAUCUUCCCCGAUGGUGGUGUCGCUUACGUGGAGAUGCUGUUCCGCUGCAACUAUCUAGCACUAGUGGGUGGUGGUUUGCGGCCACUCUACCCGCCGAACAAAGUGCUCGUUUGGGAUGAUCUCAAGAAGGCACCUGCGAUUUCGCUUGAUUUUAAUGCCCCCGUCAAGGGGGUACGGCUCCGCCGGGACCGUAUUGUGGUGGUGCUGGAAGGAAUCAUCAAGGUGUACGCUUUCACACAGACACCCACCCAGCUUCACGUGUUUGAAACGUCCAAAAACCCACAGGGCCUGUGUGUGCUCUGUCCGAACAGCACCAAGUCGCUGCUCGCAUUUCCCGGUCGGCGUACAGGCCACGUGCAGAUCGUUGAUCUGGCCAAUACGGAAAAAGCGCCCCACGAGAUUAUUGCCCAUGAAGCGGCUAUCAGCUGUAUUGCGCUGAACUUGCAGGGCACACGGCUGGCGACUGCGAGCGAUCGGGGCACGCUGAUCCGCAUCUUUGACACAUCGAGCGGCGCGAAGGUGGCCGAGUUGCGGCGCGGUUCGAACCAGGCAAAGAUCUAUUGCAUUAACUUUAAUCAUCAAUCGACCUCCGUGGUGGUAUCGUCGGAUCACGGCACCAUCCAUGUGUUUAAUCUGGACGAACCGAACAAGGGACGGGAUGGUGGUUCGCUGGGGACCGGUGUCGGUGGUUCCAGCUUGUUGACACGCUACUUCACCAGCCAGUGGUCGUUUUGCAAAUUUUCCAUCCCACAAGGACCACCGUGCAUCUGUGCGUUUGGAUCUGAGAACAAUUCCGUAAUUGUGAUAUGUGCGGAUGGGCAUUAUUACAAGUUUGUCUACAACAGCAAAGGCGAAUGUUCGCGAGAAGUUUGUACGCAGUUUCUUGAAAUGUCCGACGAUCAAACGUAAGUGUGGCGAAGCCGAACGGCGCUGGAUACCAAGGAGUUUAUAAAACAUUGCAGAAAGGAAAGAGAGCUGCGUUUUUUGGAAGGAAACUAUAUUAUGUAUUUAGGUACGGAUAUGAUUCUCUUGGAGAGCGAGCGGGUGGGAAGAAAUCCUGGCUGGAAAGCCACAGCAAGGAGUAUUGACGGAAGGUUGAAGGAAACAUCUAUUUCCUUCAGGUAUAUUUAAUAGCGAUGCAUAUGUACUACAUGAAGGAAGCGUUAAGCGCUAAGUAAAUUAAAUACAUUUACAUUGUGUUUUGGUUCAUCCGAUA